UUAAAACUUUGGGAUUGAGUUUCUAAAUCUGUUUCCUUUUUAGGCGUUGAAUCAUUGGCUAAAUCCUUGUCACCAUUGGUUAAAUUGCACAAGAAAACCAGUGGUGAAAUUGCUUAUGGUGGUGUAAGAAAACCUGUUGUAUUGAUGACAUUUAGCCAUCGAUUGAGCAAGGGUUUCAAUGAUGCUGUGAAUGGGUUUACGGAUGAUGGUUGGUCAUUAUUGGGCAGUGAUGGAGUUGAGGAUGUGACAAUUAUGAUAAACUGGUCACCAAAUAAGCUUUUUGGAUCUCAUGCCAACUCUUCAAUAUUUUCUCCCAUUGGUGGGGGCAUCUUAAGUGCAAAGGCCUCUAUGCUACUGCAGAAUGUGCCACCAGCUUUGCUUGUUCGGAAAGCCAACGGCUGUAGAGGGAUCCUUUGUCAUGGCUUGGUGAGAUUGCUUGGUUUAUUUCUCAUGCAGAUGGUAGAGCUAUUAAAAAGAUCUUGUGUGUUGCCUUUGCUGCUGCUUUGUAUCAUAUUUGGAGAGAACGAAAUGCUAGGAGAUUUUAGUCUUGUAUUAGCAGGGUUAAUGUCAUUGCGAAGAGGAUUAAGGUUGAUAUUAUAGCUAGAAUGUUACAUAGUAAUCAGCCUUCACAAGUACAGUUUUGGAUGGUCAACUUGUAGUUGUUUCUUGGUUUUGCGAGUUGAGUGGAUUGUUUGAUUCUUUCA